AUGGCUGAUGCCUCACGGCCAGCGGCAACUCUGUCGCAGCCGCGAACAGCUUUGCCAUCGCGGCCCCUUUCUAAGGGUCGUGAUGGUUCGGCUGCCACAGGUCCCUCGCGACCCUCACCGGACGGCGACAACCAGAGACACCCCCUGAAGAAUGGAAGCAGAAGCCCGAGCGCAACCGGUACCGCCGAGUCGUCUUCAAAAGGAGCUGGAUCUAAAAAGAAGCAACAAUCCGGUUCCUCCUCUAGCCAUAGCCAAGUUUGCAGCAACUGUGGAACGACAGAAACGCCGUUAUGGAGAAGAUCACCGCAAGGUGCAACCAUAUGUAACGCUUGUGGGCUUUAUUUGAGGGCUAGAAACUCAGCCCGACCAACGAAUCUGAAGAAACCACCGAAAGUAGUCUCUGCAGAACCGCCCCGGGCAAGCACACCGAAAGCCGGCGGCUCUACGCAAGAUUCUACGCCGAAAGUCGCUGGAGCUACCUAUGUUGCUGCAGAAAAGACGCCAUCGGGGACAUGUCCUGGAGGUGGACGUUGUAAUGGAACAGGUGGUGCAGAGGGCUGCAAUGGUUGCCCUGCCUACAACAACCGCGUUUCGAAACUCAGCAUGCUACAACGGCAAGGUGGCUGUCAAGGAGGAGACGAAGCAGCGAACAAUGCGCCGGCCCCUAUCGAUGUGAAUGCGCUUCAGGCGCAGCAAAGCCAACAGUCGUCUGUGAUUAUUGCGUGCCAGAAUUGUGGCACUACAAUCACGCCGCUCUGGAGACGAGAUGGAAACGGCCAUGUUAUCUGCAACGCAUGCGGGUUGUACUACCGGCUGCAUGGUGUUCACCGGCCGGUCACGAUGAAAAAGGCAACGAUCAAGAGACGCAAGAGAGUCAUUCCUUCAAACCAGGAGGAGGAAGGAGAAGACGGGGAUGUGGCAAUGGACUCGCGCAGUAACGAGACAACACCCGAACGCGGGACGGUGAAUGACGACGGCUCUAUUAAUCUCGGAAUACGACAUAAGCCCGAGGAUCCUGUACCGAUGGAUUUGGAUACGCCGCUGCAUGACGCGAAACAACCGUCGCCGCUGCCGACGUCAUUACCACAUGCGUCGGAUUUGGCAGCAUAUCGUCAAACACUAUCGUCGUCUCGAAAUACGCAGUCGUCUCUCAACAACGAGAACCGACUACCACCCCUUGCAUCAAUGACAGGGGGUUCCGAGAGACAAUCGUCUCUUUCACCAUCUUCCUUUAUCUCGCCUCGCCGAAAACGAUCCUUUUCAGCCACUGAUUCGGUUGCUGCCGUUGGCACAGAAGGGGGCUACGACAGCGCGAAGCGUGUGUCUUCUAUCAGGGAUAUCUUGAACCCAGCCUCAGGUUCCUAUGAAGGAAGAGACGGUAAAUCAGAGUACUCACUUCCGCCGCUUCGAUCUUCCGGUGAAGGAUUCACACCGGUCAACCGAGCGAGUGCCUAUUCGUCGCGCGAUGGUACCCCGAUACAUGGUACGCACGAGAACGACAAAAAGGCAGAACGAACGCAACUUCUGGAAAGAGAGACGGAAAAGAUCCGCGAAAUGCUCGCAGCAAAGGAGCGAGAGCUAAAUCACCUCAGAGCCAGCUAA